AUAAAACCACACAUAGGUGGCAUAGAAUAUAAAAUAUUCUUACAACAACAGGAUCCUGUCUUGAUUCCGACUGAUAGAGAAUCAUGGCGGCGGCCAAAGGAAACGAUUGGAGAAGUGUAGGAGGAGCAUUGGAUGAGGAGAAUCUUGUCUUCAAAACGACCAAAGGGAUCAUCAAACCCAUAGCGAGUUUCGACGGCAUGGGGAUGAAUAAUAAAGUUCUUCGCGGAGUCAAGAAACCUUCUGAGAUUCAGCAGAGAGCUGUGCUGCCUAUUCUCAAAGGACGCGAUGUUAUCGCUCAGGCUCAGUCCGGUACGGGCAAAACUUCCAUGAUUGCUAUUUCCGUUUGCCAAAUCGGCAACACUUCCUCCAGAAAGAUUCAGGUUUUGGUCUUGUCUCCACAAACAGAGAAGACGAUACAUGCGAUUGGAGUACACACCAAUAUUAAGGCAUAUGCCUGCAUCGGUGUUAAGAGCAUUUGAGAAGACAUGAAGAAGCUGGAGCAUGGUGUACAUGCUGUGUCCGGGACACCUGGUCGAGUCGUCUAUGAUAUGAUAAAGAGAGGAAGCUUACAAACCAAAUCUGUUAAGCUUUUGAUCCUCGAUGAAUCAGAUGAAAUGCUGAGCAAAGGUCUGAAAUAUCAGAUCUACGACGUCUACAGGGAAUCAAACAAUAUUACGUUGAUGUUGGGGAAGAAGAGUGGAAGUUCGAUACACUUUGUGAUAUCUUUAUGGGAGGCUUGUUAUCAAUUAAGCUAUUAUCUUCUGCAACACAAGACAAAAAGUGGAUUGGCUUAACGAGAAGAUGAGGAGUAGUAACUUUAUAGUCUCAUCAAUGCAUGGAGACAAACGUCAAAAGGAAAGAGGCGAGAUCAUGAACCAGUUCCGGUCUUUUAAAAGCCGUGUUUUCAGUGCCGGCCUUGAGGCCACGCCAACCAAGCAAUGGCUUCCAGCCGCAAAUUUUAUAGUAUUUAUUCGGCCACAUAAUUACGAAUAAUUCCUUUGUUGUAGUGGCAAAUUACCUUCUCCUCUUUUUUAAGUAACAUGGGUUCGAGUGUCAGAUGUGCAUUUUUAAAACUUUUUACUAUAAAAAUAUAUGCAAAUCGGCCAAAAAAAGAUUUUUUGCUUGCAGCCUUUAAAUAUCUAGGACCGGCUCUGCGUGUUUUAAUUGCUUCCGAUGUGUGGGCACAAGGGAUCGAUGUUCAGACAGUAUGAUCUCUCUCUCUUUUAACUAUCAAUGUCUUAAAACAAUCCUUACUUGGAAUCUUUAAUUAUUAUGUAAAUAGGUUUCUCAUGUCAUAAACUAUGAUAUACCCAAUAACCCGGAGCUUUACAUUCAUCGCACUGGACUAGCUGGCCACGGUUUGGCCAGGAAGGUGUUGCGAUUAACUUUGUGAAAAACUCUGACAUGAAGACUCUUUGUGACAUCGAGAGGUACUAUGGUACUAGAAUCCGCGAGAUGCCUGCUGAUCUUGCCUAAGGAUCUUGCUUCCUUGAAACCGAGGUUGAAGAAUUAGUGUGUUAAGGCCAGUUUUGUUUUAUUUAACUUGGUUUUUUCUUUCUUCUCUGUUGGUUUAGAUGUAGGCAUAGAGCUCUCUAUAGACAGUGUGGAUUUAAAUGUAUACCGACUCAAAGCUGAAAGAAGGUUGUUAUUAGCUAGUAGCA